AACAAGGUCAGACACUGCAGCAUACAGUACCAACACUUCCUGCAGACACAGACAUCAGCUCGCUUCUCAACUCAAGACAAGAAGAAAACUUAUUUGCAAAACCUACGAAGAGAAAGACCCGUCAAGAUGAUGCAAUGUUUUCACUUCAUGUUGGAGCCGGCCAAAAACUUUACAGCCAAAAUAAAGGAAUCACGCAAAAGAGCGCAGAACGAGAAGAGGGAGCCUCUGGAUGAAGAUCAGCUGUUUGUUGUGGAUCUGGCUAGAGAUCUAAGCCGAGUGUGCCAGAGGUCAGAAGUCCUGGAGCACAUCUGGAACCUGGAUGACACCUGGCCGACCCCUCUCUGCAGGGUCUUCGUCCUGCAGUGGGCCUCCAUGCUUGAGAGCAAGAAGAGGCCCAUGCAGACUGAUGGCUGGCCAGAGAUGGAGGAUGUAAAGCAUCCUGAUAUGAUUAAUGAGCAGGACCUGCUGGAGGCCAAAGCUGUGAUUCUCAACUGGAUCAAGGACCUGAGAGCUCAGCCUGAGCAAAGUGUGUGGCCCGGGGAACCUGUGGCUAAGGCUCUGGAGGACCUGCAGUCAGCCUGGCGUUGGGGCCGCGCACCCAAUCUGCUGGCCGCUAUGGAGCUGGUUUUCUGGACUCUAAUUGUGCAGCGCCCAGAUAAGGAUACCAUCCCGCAGCAGUGGCUCAUGUGGAAGCAGAAGACUCAAAAGAUUGGUAGCAUAUCCUACAUCCCUCAACCAGUGUGGGAUUGGAUCUCAGAUGCUGCAGUGGAGGUGACUCUGGAUCUUGACACAGCCAACCCUGACCUGCUCAUCUCCUCCGACGAAAAGCGGAUGCGCUGUGGUUUUGAGAGGAAGGAUAUUCCCAACUGCCACCAGCGCUUCGACGGCUGGUGGUGUGCCGUUGGGAUGGAGGGCUUGGGCUCUGGCCGCCACUACUGGGAAGCGGAGGUUGGGGAGCGGGACUGGAGGCUGGGCGUGGCCAAAGAGUCUGCCCUGAGGAAAGGCUUCAAGUCCCUGAACACAGAUACAGGUUACCUGAGCCUGCGGCUGGAGAGGGGCUCUGAGCUGAAGGCGCUGACGGUGCCUUUCACCGCCCUGCCGCCUUACCUCAUCCCCCGAAAGGUGGGCAUCUACCUCGACUACGACCGCGGCCAGCUGUCCUUCUAUGACGUGGACAAACACAUCCACAUUUACACCUACAACGAGUGCUUCAAAGAGAAGCUGUUCCCGUUGUUCGGUACAGUGGAGAUCAUCAAGGAUCUGGUGAUCAAGUCUCCAGCAACUAAAACCCAACGUAUCUGCCCCACGCCAUGCAUCUGGGGUUGAGUUCCGUCCUCUCCCUUUAAAAUCCAGUAGAUAUCACAUUAAAGUAUGAUGGUUAUAUAAUUAUCACUGGGAGGAAUCAGAGAGCCUGAUGUUAAAGACCAUUAUUGAAUAGCUCCACUAAGUGACCACCCUCUAUGCUGCUGCUGCUUUAACGUAAUCGUCGCAAACACUUCCUCACUAUAGAGUUACAGUGCUAUUCUUUGCCUCCACAUAAUGUAUUUUCAUAUAUGUAAACAAAAAAAACCCUGUAGUAUUACUGCAAUGGUAUGUGCAAUAUUAACCCUGCAUUAAUGAUGCAUUUAUGUGAAAAUAAACCAAAUACAUGUCUUA